UCCUCCUCGUUUCGUCCCCCACCCUGCCUUCCCCAGUUCCGCGAGUUACGUAAUGCGGUCGGAUAGCAGUGGAAACACGCGCGUGCCGCCGGUCGGUCUUCUUCGGUGACAGUGUGUUUCUUGACAUACAUCCAUGUGGUGACAUUGUAUGUAGUGUGUCAUCAGUGUCAUAUCCAGCGCAAGAAGUGACAGCCACCCUCGGCCAUCCGCCGGACUUGUGACGAGUGUUCGGUUACACGAUCCCGGUGUGAAUCCCCAAUUUCCUUAUUAGUUCACUGAUAAGAGGUCGUUGAUGCGGUGAUGCAGAUUGUAGAACUAAAGGAGUCCUCCUCUCGCUCCUAAGCGAAGCCAAACGCGUCACAUAUCGAAAUGCCAGAUGCAAAAUCCAUCGCCGCCGGCUGACAUGUUUCCAUAAAAGCAUCAAAGGGAAAAGAAAUCAGGCUGGCGGGCACAGAACUCUCCGUCGAAAGUGGAGGCGACAGAAGCUGCCUCACCACUUACAUCUUCAACCCCGUGGAUACGUGCACCGGCAGCCCGAGCCCGGAAAAGUUCCCGCUGAAGACGCCAGACAUUGAGUCGAAAAUACAGCGCGAUGACGUCAUCAACACCGAGACUCACAUGCACCCGAAUUUUCUCUACGGGAAGAUACUCCACGACGGGAGACCGAAUUUUCUGACCGAGUAUGAGCUGAGCUACAAAAAUUGCAACUUUGGGGUCGCCGACCACGGAAAGUGCUGUGUAGGGGGUCAUUUCGGGGGGGAUUUGAGCUUCGGACAUUUGUACACAAUCAGCAAGAGUGACAAGGAAGAGAGGACCUACGAUGAGCCGUACACGGGCGAUUUGCCGAGGAGGUCGUGGCUGUGCUGUCCGGGCUCGCAACAUCACGUGGAGUGCGAACAGCCGCCCCCUUUGGAUAACAGCAAGUCGCCGUCCACCCCUUCCGAAGCCAUUACGAAAGCGCCGAGUCAUAGCCUCUGCUCGGGAAAUUGUGAGAGGCUCCAGCAGCAAUUGGACGAGCAAGCCCAGAGAUACGAAGAACAGCUGACAGAGCUGCACUCCGUAAUAGCCGAACUUACGCGAAAAUUGCACCAGCAGAGAACCAUGGCAAUCGCAGAAGAAGACGAAGUGUCAGAGUCUUGCGCGAGCGCUCACGACGACUCCGUAACCUGUCCAUUGGAAGUAAGCGAAUUAGAACCAUUAGAAAACGAGUUGUCCGAUCUGGACAACAAAAUAGUAUUAUCCGAAAGUCCAUUAGAACUACCCGAGCCGAAACUCAGUUCAUCCCACCACGAGAACAACGAACUCUCCCCUUACUCAGAAAUCGUCGAACCCCUCAAGCAAGAAAUAACGAAUCUCAGGUCCCAGCUGCAAGAAGCCAACUCCAAACUCCUCCAGUUGUCCUACCAGAAGAACUACGAACUCGCCGAAGAGGAAACCCUCACCGACAGCAAGAUCCUCGAGUCCCCGGAGUCCCACAUAGAGCUCGACUGCGACCCCAAACUCUACCCCGACGAGAAGAUCGACAUCAAGUACAGCAACAUCGUGCCUAUCCAUCGAGCCAACAUCAAAAACAACGCCUCGUUCUCCGCCCCCGUGACCAAGGUGGCUGAGAGGAUCAAGCUGAAGAGGGCCGCCGACGGACACAACGUUAAUCCCAACGAUCUGGUCAACAGCGAUCUGCCGACAGCUGUUGCCGAACAUAUUGUCGGGGAUAUUUUGAGGCAGUGCGAUGUUCAGACCGAAAAACAAGCCAUUGAUAUCGAGUUGAGGCGGCUAAAUGCCAAACUGGAGCAUGCGAGGUCGCAGAACUCGGUUUUGGCUAUCACGCUAUCGGAAACGAAAGCCCAUUGUGACAGGUUAGCUCUUCUGUGCGGAAAAUACGAAUCCAACGCAGUGGCCCUCCGCUUGGCACUAGGAAUCACCGAUCGUGCAAUAGAGGCCUACGACGUACUUCUGGCCUUACUAGAGACUGAAUUAUCUUUAGACGAGAACAAUGCAAGUUCUGUAGAAAAUCGAGCUGCCGCCGAAACAGUAGCCAAACAGCUUCUCACCCAUUUGGACUCAUAUCAGAGCACGGACGUCCUGCUGUCACCCUGGCAGAACCACGUAUACUCUAGUCCGAUAUCCGAGAACGACGAGCCGUGGAGUCCAGAGCACGAAACAAGACUUAGGGAACACGUUUCCAGGCUGAAAGCCGAGAGGAGCAAUAUCCAAGGAACUUACGUGACUUUAGAAUCCACUCAAGUGGAACAUGUACCUGUCAGGCCAUCCAGUAGUCAGGAAGCGCGAAAAAUGGACCUAGAAAUGGCCGUUUUAAUGCAGGAACUGAUGGGACUCAGGGAAGACAAGGCGGAGCUCGUUAGUAAAUUAUUCGUGUUAGAAAAGGAUAAAAGUGCCAUAGAACUCAAGUUGAAGUAUGUGGAAGGGCAGCAGAAAGCCCAAGCCGCCGCUUUGAAAAACUUGCAAGGACAGUUGAAGGACACGGAGGCUUUGUUAGCGCUGGCUACGCAGAAUAAGGAGAGGGGUUAUUCGGAUGCAGAACAUGCCCAAGGUGUCGAGCUGGAACUAAUGCAAGCACUGGCAAGAGAGGCAAGACUGAAAGUUCGGUUGCAGGAACUUGUUACAACUUUGGAACAAGUGACGAAGAAUGCUGAAGCGAGGUUGUUGGAAGGAAGAGAAAUCGUGCAUGAUCUUAAUCAUACCAAUAGUAUUUUAGCUGAAACUGUAGAUAGAAACAACAAGAAAUUCCAGUCCAAAUUCAAGAAAAUGGAAAACCAGAUGUUAGCGAUGGUAGAAAAACACAACCUCCAAGUGCAAAACCUCCAACAAAGAAUAGCAACUUUAGAAACCCCACCCACAAAUAGUUCAGAGAACUCCAUCAACUCCGUAGCUGUGUAGUAAACUGUGUAUUAAAUGAAAUAUAUUUUUAUUUGAUUUUGUUGA